AUGGAUAUUUUUCAGAGUUCUUAUUAUAUUCGCUGCAACAGAUAUUUAAGUUUCUGCGGACACUGGCCGUAUCAAAGUCUUAGAAAUCGAAUUCGUAAUUUCGUCUUGCUGAUGUUUUUGAUGAGUACUAUUUUAAUACCUCAAAUCAUCAAAUUUUGGCAGUUGCGACACAAUAUACAUGUUUUUGUUGCUGCGCUACCAUCGAUGCUUUACUACUGUGCUUUUCUAUUUAAAAAUUCGUUCAGUAUGUUACAAUCGAAAGAAAUUAAAAAGGUAUUAGAGAAAAUCAAAUCUGAUUUUCAGCGGUACAAAGACGAAGAUCUUAAAAUUCUUCACAAGUAUUCGGGCCAAGCUAAUAAAAUAAAUACUUUUUAUACGGUGUACAUGUUUAUGGCAGUCGGUGGGUACAGUAUGUUACCUUUGACUUUGCAUGUAAUGGAUAUUGCGUUGCCCAAAAAUGAAUCACGCUUACCAACCAAACCAAGACUGAUAAAUUACAACAUUGAAGCAUUUGACGAAAAUAUUUUUUUUAUUAUAAUUCAUGGAGUGAUCGUCGAUACGGCAGUUAUAGUUUUCAUAAUAGGUUUUGAAACAUUAUGUUUUAGUUUUUCGUAUCACGUGUGUGCCCUCUUUGUGAUAGUCACAAAUAAAAUACGAGAUUCCAUUGAUGAAAGGAUUACAAGCAAACAUUCUGAAGUCGAUCAAGAUAUCUUUUAUCGCAAUUUUGUUAAAAUAGUUAUCAUGCACAAAGACGCGUUAGAUUUUGUAGAUACAGUGGAAACUGCACUGUCUGUUCUUAACUUAUUCGCAAUUGGAUUUGCAAUGAUGCCUCUUACUAUCACAGGAUUCGAAUUUAUUUUGAGCAAAGGUAAUGUAGGCGAAAUGGCACGAUGGUCACUUUUCGCCUUCGGAGAAAUCGUUCAUCUUUUUUACUAUAAUUGGCCUGGACAAAAGAUAAGAGAUCAUAGCUUGUGCGUUUAUCAGUCAUGUUAUGCUAUCGAAUGGUACAAAGAAGAAAUCCCCGACAAAUGCAAAAAGUUGUUGAAUCUUAUGAUGCUCAGAGGUCAGAAACCAUGUUCGUUAACAGCUGGGAAGGUGUAUAUUCUUGGCUUAGAAAAUUUUGCGGCGGUAAUGAAAGUAUCCAUGUCCUACUUCACCGUUUUAUCGUCGGUAAUGUAA